UCACUCACAAGUGGCCACGGUGAACACCCACGAGCAACAAUGAAGUUCCUGGUAAUUGUGCUGGUGGCGGCUUCUGCUUGCGCUGCUGCAAUUGAAAAGCGAGAUGCAGAGCCAGACCAUGGGUAUCGGAGCUACUACCCUUACUACCCAAGACCCUAUGGUUACAAUCACUACCCUCACAAGAGAUCAGCCGAGCCAGAACCAGAGGCUGAGGCUUCCCCCUCCAAUGGAUACUACCCUGUCUACCAUUCUUAUCCUCACCAUCACGGAAAGAGGUCUGCCGAUCCUUACGCUUAUGCUGAGCCUUACCCUUAUCCUUACCCUUACGCAGAACCUUCCAAUAACUAUGGCUACUAUGGCUAUCCUGGCCUAUACUAUAGCUACCCUUCCUAUUACUCAGGUUAAGGAGAACUUGACUGCUGGUCUCAGUGGAGCAUAAAUGUGGAUUUUCUGUUGUUGCUGAUUCAGAAGUGUUUCAUGUAAAGACAAAUGAUUGAAUUAAAAUACUGUACAUUAUAA